AUGGCAGCCCAAAUCUCCAAGAAGAGAAAGUUCGUCGCUGACGGUGUCUUCUAUGCUGAACUCAACGAGUACUUCACCCGUGAAUUGGCUGAGGAUGGCUAUGCCGGUGUUGAGGUCCGUGUCACCCCCGCCCGCACUGAGAUCAUCAUCCGUGCUACUCACACCCAGAACGUUCUCGGUGAGAAGGGUCGCCGCAUCCGUGAAUUGACCUUCCUCGUCCAGAAGCGUUUCAAGUUCGCCGAGAACGCCGUCGAGCUCUACGCCGAGCGUGUCCAGAACCGUGGUCUCUGCGCCAUUGCCCAGUGCGAGUCUGUCAAGUACAAGCUCCUCAACGGUCUUGCUGUCCGUCGUGCCUGUUACGGUGUCGUCCGCUUCGUCAUGGAGUCCGGCGCCAAGGGUUGCGAGGUUGUCGUCUCUGGCAAGCUCCGUGCUGCCCGUGCCAAGGCCAUGAAGUUCAGCGAUGGUUUCAUGAUCCACUCUGGUCAGCCCGCCCGCGACUUCAUUACCACUGCCGUCCGUCACGUCAUGUUGCGUCAGGGUGUCCUCGGUAUCAAGGUCAAGAUCAUGUUGGAUAGCGACCCCACCGGCCGCAACGGUCCCAAGAACACUCUUCCCGAUAUCGUCACCAUCCUUGAGCCCAAGGAGGAGAGAGAUGUCGAAGAGCCCAUGGCUCAGGAUUUCUCCCCUGCCCCCGCCGCUCCUGCUGUUGAGGCUCCCGCUGUCGAGGCCAACUAA